CAGUAAUAUUACAGCACGAUUACACAACACAUCUUCCGAUAUCUACCGUGCUUUGGAUGAUUUUGAAUGGCUUUCUGAACUUCUUCCCCAGAAAACCGUUAUUUGUUCUCCAUUCACUGUUGUUAAUGUCAUCAAAAAACUGUAAAAUGCCAACCUCGUCACAUUUUACAAUUUUGUACGGUUCGCAGACCGGGCAAGCACAAGCAAUAGCCGAAGAAAUCCAUGAGAAUUCAUCCCAGCAUGGMCUCCAAUCCAAGUUGUUUUGUCUGAGUCAAACAGAAAAGAAGUUUACUCUUGAAAAGGAACCCUUAAUUGUGUUUAUAGUGUCAACUACAGGUGAAGGAGAUCCCCCAGACACCAUGUUGAAAUUCAUGAGACGUCUCAAGAAAAAAACUUUGCCAAGCGAUCAUUUGAAAGACUGCCAAUACGCUCUCUUAGCUCUUGGUGACACAAAUUAUACAAAUUUCUGUAAUAAUGGCAAAACUCUUGACAGAAGGUUGCUAGCUCUUGGUGCAAAACAGUUUUAUAAUAGUGGAUAUGCAGAUGAUGCUGUAGGCUUAGAGUUAGUAGUGGACCCCUGGAUUGAUGGACUUUGGAAUGCUGUCAAGAAAAGCUUGGGACUAGAGAAUGGUGAAAAGGUAUGCAAUGAACCAACUCAGAAUGAAUGUGAAAACAAACCACAGCCAAUGACUAAUGGUAAUGAUAAGAAACCACUUACUGUGCAGAAUUUAGAAUAUCCUUCUGACAAAGAAUAUAUCCCUGAAAAGAAUGACAAUCUUCCAAGCAAAGGCUUAGGAAACUCGUCCAGUCUUCUUACAGAAGAUAAUCAUAAUAGUAAUAGUAAAGGAGAUACAUCACCAGGACAAGCAUCUACAGCAGAUCUUCAUCUGCCAUCAUUGAGAACAUCUUCAGAGACACUGUCUUCAAGUGUUUUGUCAAUACCUGUGCUCUCUCCUAAUUAUCUUUCUGUUGAGUAUCAUACAGGUGAAUCACAUGAAAGUAGUCCAUGGUAUCAGGACAGAAUGUUUUCCAAAGCAACAAUAUUAUCAGCUAAAACUCUUACAGCAGAAGAUGCUAUCAAAACAGCAUUAGAAAUUGAAUUGGAUAUCACUGACUGUGGUCUUGAUUAUGAACCUGGUGACUCAUUUGAUGUUUUAUGCCCCAAUAACCAGCAGGAAGUCACUGAGCUUAUGUAUAUUCUUGGUCUUCAAGACAAGGCAGAUACAUCAUUUUCUGUGAAUGUCAUGGAAAAUACCACGAAGAAGACAGCAGUUAAGCCCAGGUAUAUCCCAGACCCAUGCACUGUAAAAGAUGCUUUUCUUAACUGCCUUGAAAUCAGAUCUGUUCCAAAAAAGGCAAUGAUUAGAAUGUUAGUUGAGUAUACAAAGGAUCCUCAAGAAAAGCGUCGUCUACAAGAACUUUGUAGCAAGCAAGGUGCUUCAGAAUAUCAAGCUUGCAUUAGACAACCAAGUAUCUCAUUACUUGAAAUACUGAAGGCUUUUCCUUCAUGCUGUCCUCCAUUUGAAAGAUUGAUAGAACAUCUUCCACAACUUAGUCCAAGACCUUACUCUGUAGCAAGUUCACCAUUAAGUGAUCCAAACAGGCUGAAGUUUGUCUUCAACAUUGUGGAAUUUCUACCUUAUGAAGAUCUCCGUAGCAGCAGACUUGGAGUUUGCACUGGAUGGUUAAGUACUGUUACAGAAAAUAUGAGAAGUGAUUUCGCUGAUAGAUUAUCGCAACUGCAACUGUGUGAGCAGCAAAAUAACCCUGCUGUAUUUGUUUCAGCAAGGAAGCAUAACCAGUUUAGACUUCCUAAUGAUCCAAAGGUUCCUGUAGUGAUGAUUGGGCCUGGUACUGGUGUUGCACCUUUCGUUGGAUUUCUUGAGCAGAGAAAGUGCGAGUGCAAAGAAAGAAGUCCUAAAGAGGUUUAUGGUGAAUCAUUGCUGUUCUAUGGAUGCAGAAACAGAAAUCAAGAUUUCCUUUACAAAGAACAAUUACAAGACUACCACUCAUCUGGUGUUCUAAGCAAUCUUUUAGUGUCUUUUUCAAGAGAAGAAGGAAGUACUAUCCGAUAUGUACAAGACAACUUAAGACUGCAUGCCAAAGAAGUUGCAAAGAUGAUAUUUGAUGAAGGAGGUGUUGUCUAUGUGUGUGGUGAUGCAAAGAACAUGGCAAAGGAUGUGUUUGCAGUGUUUUGUGAAAUUGCUGAACAGCAUCUUGGUAUUAGUAAAGUAGAUGCUAUCUCAGAGAUGAGUAAACUUAGAGCUAACAAGCAAUAUCAUGAGGAUGUCUGGACAUAACCCAAUAGUUUAUWACGAAUGUUUGACCACUCAAUUUCUACUUGAAACAUUGAACAAUUGUUGAUUGAUAUUAGCAUUCAGAGAAGAGCAAUCUCUUGCGUCUCGUAAAGUAACCAUAGUAACUGUGAAAGUGUUUGAUAAUGCAUGCAGUAUUAGGAUAAUGGAAACUUAACAUUGGCAUGAAAAUACAACCUAUAUUUUGUUUAGUAUGAUUAUAUAAAAUCCUUUAAAAAAAUCGUUUUAACUGGAAAAUCUUGUCAGAGCAUGCUGUUAUUGUUGAUUGCAGACAUUUAUAAAUUUGAAGCAACAAAAUCUGCUGGCAAUGGAAGUGGAAUAAAAGUAUAGAAAUUAUUAAUAUUCAUUAAUAAUCUCCAAUA